AUGAGCCAGUCGUACUCCUCCAGCCAGCAGCGGGUCUCGUCCUACCGCCGCACCUUCGGCGGGGGCUCCCCGGCCUACUCCCGCUCCUCCGUGGGCAGCAAGGGCCUGGCCAGCUCCGUCUCCUCCCGGGUCUACCAGGUGUCGCGCGGCCCCGCCGUGCCCAGCCUGUCCAGCAUGCGGGUCACCCGCGUGGCCCCCCUGCGCUCCUACCAGGGCGGCGGGGAGCUGCUGGACUUCAGCCUGGCCGACGCCCUGAACCAGGAGUUCCUGCAGACCCGCACCAACGAGAAGGUGGAGCUGCAGGAGCUGAACGACCGCUUCGCCAGCUACAUCGAGAAGGUGCGCUACCUGGAGCAGCAGAACGCCCUGCUGGUCACCGAGGUCAACCGGCUCAAGGGCAAGGAGCCCACGCACGUGGCCCACCUCUACGAGGAGGAGCUGCGCUCCCUGCGGCUGCAGGUCGACACGCUCACCAGCCAGCGGGCCCGCGCCGACGUGGAGCGCGACAACCUGCUCGACGACCUGCAGAAGCUGAAGCAGAGGCUGCAGGAGGAGAUCCACCUGAAGGAGGAAGCUGAGAAUAACCUGGCUGCCUUCCGAGCAGACGUGGACGCGGCCACGCUGUCACGUAUCGACCUGGAGCGACGCAUCGAGGCCCUGCAGGAGGAGAUCGCCUUCCUCAAGAAGGUGCAUGAGGAGGAAAUCCGGGACCUGCAGGCCCAGCUGCAGGAGCAGCACGUCCAGGUGGAGAUGGACGUGUCCAAGCCAGACCUGACGGCCGCCCUGCGCGACAUCCGCGCCCAGUACGAGACCAUCGCCGCCCAGAACAUCUCGGAGGCCGAGGAGUGGUACAAGUCCAAGGUGUCUGAUCUGACCCAGGCCGCCAACAAGAACAACGACGCCCUGCGCCAGGCCAAGCAGGAGAUGAUGGAGUAUCGGCACCAGAUCCAGUCCUACACCUGCGAGAUCGACGCCCUCAAGGGCACGAACGACUCCCUGAUGCGGCAGAUGCGGGAGCUGGAGGAGCGCUUUGCCGGGGAGGCGAGCGGCUACCAGGACACCAUCGCGCGGCUGGAGGAGGAGAUCCGGCACCUGAAGGAUGAGAUGGCGCGGCACCUGCGCGAGUACCAGGACCUGCUCAACGUCAAGAUGGCGCUGGACGUGGAGAUCGCCACCUACCGCAAGCUGCUGGAGGGCGAGGAGAGCCGGAUCAGUCUCCCCAUCCAGACCUUCUCGGCGCUCAACUUCCGGGAGACCAGCCCAGAGCAGCGCGGCUCAGAGGUUCACACCAAGAAGACCGUGAUGAUCAAGACCAUAGAGACCCGUGAUGGGGAGGUCGUGAGCGAGGCCACGGAGCAGAAGCACGAGGUGCUGUAG